GUGGGCGAUACUGCAACAUUUGGUAUCGAUCCGAUACCAAGUAAAUACAGGGCCAGUAUUGCCGAUUCCGAUACUUUUUUUGAAAGGCCUCUGCCAGUGACUUCUGUCUCGGUGCCGGGGGGGUCUGGUUGUGGUUUGGGGAUUUCCCUCCUCCCUCUGUUUACUUUGCAGCUUGGAGUUCUCUUUUGGGUGUGUUUUUAGAUGUUUGUAUACAUUUGUGGUGUUUCCUCAGUACCUUAUUUGUUUUCUGCAAACAUUGUAUUAUUUUGGACUGCAGCUGUAAAAAAACACCAAUCGGCCGCUCCUCUUCUUCUCUGCCAUCAUGCAGCCAGCAGUGCGGGGGGGGGGCAGAGUGAGCAUGAGCGAAGAGAGUGAGUGUUUGCACAUGCACAACCUCGAUGAUUUAACGGGAGUUGUAUACUGAACGUAGUGAAGAAUAACUGAAACAUAUGUAUCGAUCUCAUCACGCAAGUAUUGAUCAAUACCAUCGAUAUUUUAGAUCGAUCCGCCCACCACUAUAGACAACGACAGACUUAUUUGUCUACUGGACUUCGGCACGGUUUCACUUGAUACUGCCGACUGGAAAGAUUUAGCCAGAAAUUACUAUGGAACUGACCGGAGAGCAGCUGAAAAUUACCGAGCAACAUCUGAAAAGAUAUUUACCUCGGUCACAACAGGUUUAUGGUUAUUUGGUCCUCAGAAACAGAGUCAGAUCAGACCCUGUGAGGGUUUUAGUGGACAGAUGGCCAGAGUUCAAUGUCAUUGUCUGCAAACCACAAUAUGAACAGAAGGGUGAUCUCUUCAAAGACACACUGGUUUUUGCCAAUGAUGAAGCUAUUCUAGAGGAAAUCAUAAGGAAGUCCUCUGUUAUUGACUGGACCCACGUCUUUUGUCUUGGAAUGAACCUUCGCCACAUGGAGAUAUUCAAAGCAGUGGCAUCAGAAAAAGACGUGUCCGGCAUCCAACUGGCAGUGUGUCACAUGAUGAUACUGGAGGAUGUAUCCAACCUUCCAUCUAUAGACAGCACAGGGAUCUCACUAAGCUCUCUGGAUGAAUCCCACGUUGGCUUGGUGAAUCAGACGUGGAAGUUUGGAAAGAACAACGAAGCUGUCAGGAUGAUCAGGAACAUGCUUGCAAACUUCCCCUCCUGCUGCGUGCUGGAUGAAGAAGGAAAGCCUGUGUCCUGGAUCCUGACAUAUGAGUCGUGUGCAAUGGGCAUGUUGUACACGCUGCCAGAGCACAGAGGGAAAGGCUACGCCAAAGUCCUGGUCAGCAGCAUGGUCAAGAAACUCCACGCUAAAGGCUGCCCAGUGUACUGCUUCAUAGAGGAGGAGAACAAGGUCUCCUACAAGCUCUUUAGAAACCUGGGCUUCAUUGAGGUCCCCUCAUACAGGGAAGCCUGGUUUCAAUUCAAUGAUUAUUAAAUACCUCAAAGAAGAAGUCAGA